AUGUGGUGUUUGAAGCUGCUCUUACCGUUCCUUCUAAUCAUCAAUGAAAUCAGCUGCCAGUGGAACGUUUGGGUUCCGCGGGACAUCUCGGCCAUGAGCAACACUUGCGUAGUCAUCCCGUGCACAUUCAUGUAUCCGUCAGGCAUCAGGCCGUACCGUGGCGUCCACGGUAUCUGGUACUACGGACAGCCCUACCCGCAGCUUUUCCCACCAGUGGUGUUCAAGACGCGUACGGACGUUUUCCACGAGAGCUACAAGGGUCGCACCAAGAUGCUGGGUGACCUGCAGCAGAGGAACUGUACGCUGCUUAUCAACAACGUUGGCCCAGAGCACUCAGGGAGGUACUAUUUCCGCGCUGACCUUGGCGGGGCCAACGUGUAUACCUUCCCAGACUUUGCAGAGCUAAAAGUUCUGGAACAACCCAACAUCGACGUCCCUGAUGAGAUUGUGAGCGACGAAAGCUUGACGCUGACGUGUUACGCUCCCGACAACUGCCCUGAUAUGACUCCUGAGAUCCAGUGGAUGUACACGGACUACCUGCCCGACCCAGAGUUCAGCUCUGACUUCCAGGAGGAGAGCAACACAGGGGUGUUAUCCCACACCCUGGUAUUCACCCCGAGGCCGGUGCACAACGGCCAGCUGCUGGGCUGCAGAGUGUACUACCCCAACACCUCACUAGUCUACGAGAGGCUCAUCUCUCUGGACAUCAAGUAUGCUCCCCGUUCAGUGUGGGUAAACGUCUCCUCGGAAGUGAUGGAGGGCAACUCGGUGACGCUCCACUGCGAGGUGGACAGCAACCCUCCUCCAAGGAUCUCCUGGAAAUUUGGAGAACAGGAGCUGCUAUGGGACACGGCAUCCAACUUGUCGCUCACCAUAGAUGACGUGACGCCGGCGGAGGAGGGGGUCUACACGUGCAUCGGGGACAACGGCUAUGGCACCAUGAAUACGUCACUGUAUUUGGCUGUCAAGUACCCUCCCCGCGAGCCCGUCAUCAACGACUCCCUGACAGUGCUGGAGGGUGCCUCAUUUACGCUCCAUUGCAGCACUCAGGGUAGCCCUCCGCCCACCCUUACCUGGCUGAAGGACGGCGAGCUAGUGGGCACCAUCACCGCUGACGAGCUGUCCGUGCUGGAGAUCGAGGGCAUCACGCCACAGGGCGAUGGCCAGUACCGUUGCCUGGCUGAGAACGAACACGGCCGGGCCAGCAGCUCCCUGAACAUCACAGUGGAGUAUGCUCCUGUCCUCCUGGAAGAAUCCAAAUGUACAGUAGUACGAGAGGGUGUCCAGUGCGUCUGCAUGGGCAUGGGGAACCCUGAACCUACCAUUGAGUUCUACCUGCCCGAUUUGAAUGUCACCGUCAACGAGACGGAGGGCCGCUACAACUUCUACACGCACACCGACGGCCAGACGGCCACGGGCAUGAUCAAACUGCGGGAGAAGGGCGAGCGGGCCGGCAAUGGUGUCCCCGCCGUCAACGUCCGUUGCAAGAUCUCUAACAUGUACGGGAGCGAAAAUGUACCCCUGGAGCUGCAGCAGGAGAAGAAAUACCUGAUGGCCGUUAUCGUUGGCACAAUCGGCGGAGUAGCAGUCAUCGCCUUCAUCAUCGCGGCAGUGAGAUACGUGGGCCACAACAACAAGAAAGAAAAUGGCCUCCCUAGGCAGGACGUGGUCCUGGAGAACCCCGCUUUGUACUACAGCGCAGUCAAGAAGGACAAACAAAAUCUGAGGAAGAAAGUGCUUAAGACAGAGCUGUUGGGCUCAAAGUUUAACUCCAUUCUAGAGGAGAGCACGGGAGAAGACGGGGAUUUCCAACCUGCAAGCUCUUUGGCAGGCAUGGAGAGGCGAGAGCUGAACUACGCCGCCCUGGACUUGGGCGGGCCCAGGGAGGGGGCCCCGGGAAGGGGGGACGACGGCGGCAGUAGCUACGCGGAAAUCAAAGCCAAAUGA